AUGUGGCUUUAUGUGACCAUAGUAAUUCUCCUGUGGCUGGCAAAUAAAUGGUUUCGAAAUAAACAAAGAAUCGGUAACUAUGAAAACCGGUAUGUUAUUAUAACAGGCUGUGACUCAGGAUUUGGACAUUUUCUCACAAAGAAGUUAGACGUUCUAGGGUUUCAUGUUUUUGCUGGGUGUCUAACGGAAGAAGGAUUUGUGAAAUUAAAGAAAGAAACAUCGUCGAAAGUCAAACCUGUCAUUCUUGACGUAUCAAAAACAGAAAGCAUCGAAACAGCUUUAGAAUUCGUUCAGUUGAAUUUGCCCCAAAAUACAGGAAUCUGGGGAUUAGUGAACAAUGCUGGAAUAAGUGGACCUGCUGUUCCGGUUGAAUGGUUAAACAAAACAGACUAUAAAAGUGUAUUUGAAAUAAAUACUUUAGGAAUGAUCGAAACAAGCCGUAUCUUUCUUCCAUUGGUUCUAAAGUCUAAAGGUCGCAUUGUCAACAUCACCAGUGUAGCGGGACGUAUGGCUGCAUUAUCUGGUCCAUACGCCUUAUCUAAGUACGCUGCCGAGGGAUAUUCUGAUGUGCUAAGUUUUUAUUAA